AUGUUCCGCGCGCGCACGUUCGUCGAAGGGCCUUCCAAGCGCGUGGGCGACGCGGGACUGCUGGCUACGGACGUCUCGAGCGCCCUCAAGCGACAGCGGCUCGAGCAUUGGGACGCUCUGUACGCGCGGCGGUCAGGGGGCGUCAGCGACGUGGUCGAGGACGCGUCAUCAUUGCUAGUGGAUACGCGUCGCUGUACGAUCGUCGAAGGCGGUCGAGUACCGCCUUCAGUACUGGACCAAGUGCAGAAGGAGUGGCACCUACAGCCGCGUCUGUACCAGCGACGCCAAGUGCGCUGCUGUCGGGCGUCAGUGCCGUCGGCGCGUCAUCGCAGUGGCCGGCAGUGGGUCCCUUUCUUUGUGUUUUUCUUACGCAAUAAAGUGCUGCUGUGGCAACAAGAGUGGAACAAAGUGAUUGCUCUGCAACUUCCGGGUGAACUUGGGUCGGACGACGUGGCGUACCCUUUUUUGUUUGCGCUCGACAGUCAGAGUCUCAGUCUUUUAGUCGUCGCUCAGAGCGGCUUGGUGCUCUUGUGGGAAGAUAUUGAGCUGCCGUAUGAGAGUAUGCCAUUGAGUAUACAGAUACCGUUGGACAUUAGUGAACUCGUGUAUACGCACGACCAUGCUGCGAUCGUAGCAGCAGAGCACGACGGGAGACAUGAACGAGGUGUUGAUGGACUGAUUUGCUGGAGCAAUCAGGGCAAUGUGUGGGAAGUCACGGUGGAAGACCGACGCAUUCGUGUGCGAGCUUUUGAGAAGCAGAGUGCAGGCUUGCUGGCAGGGAUCACCAAGUCAGUGUCGCACUUUUUCUUUUCGUCGACUGGGUCAGGAGCUAGGGCGGACAAGGAAGAGCUGGAUGUAAACCAGCCGAUCACGUGCUUGAGGGUUCUUCCAUCAUCGUUUGGAGACGCAGCGUCGAUUGAUAGUGGCGGAGAUGAAUUGGAUGAUACGUCGGAUAUGCUCGUGCUGUUUCAGGACGGGAUGUUGGAACGACGCUCUUUUAACAUUGAAGAUGUGCUUGACUGCUCAUGUGUUUCUCGAUGGCAUUUUAAUGCUGGGCGUGUAGCAGCACGUUAUUUCAGCAACGACUUCCCUGCAGCCCAUUUGGCAAAAGUGCACGUUGUUUCAGUGCCAUACGUGCACGACGCGUGUGUCGGUCUACUGGUGGCUUUUAUCUGCUCAUCGUCACGAUCGGGAACAAACGCGACGGUCAAGUACGCGCUGUUCCAGUUCUCACUCGAGGCAGUGAAUGGUGGCUCUGCACCAAUGCCGCAAUGGGUGCACAUGCUGGACUUUGAGCCUGCUUUCGAUGGGCAGACCGUCGACCAUUUUUUUAGCAGUCGAAAGCUUUUCCGUCACACGUGGCGCUCUGUACCUCGUGUGGACACAGAUGGAGCCUGUCCAGUUUUGUGCGCUCCUUUUACCUCGCAUUGGGCAACCCACUGUACGGUCGACGGCGUUCCCGCUUCAAGGUACUCAAGGAAGACUGGCUCUGGCAUUUGGAGCUCGCGCAGACCAGAGCUUAUUUGA